AUGAGGGAUGACAAGGUAGAGGUUGAGAGGAUCAAAGCGAGACUGCAAGAAUUGGAGGCAUCGCGUCAAACCCAAGGGAAAGAUUCAAAGGCGACUUGCCUUGCAGAAAUGAACAAGAGGAACAGGGUUCAGAAUUUCAAAAACGCAUCAGAAAAGAAACCCGUGAAUACGAGUUUGAAAGCUGGUGAAGCGGUGUACGAUCCCUUUUCAAGAUGGACGAGAUCAAGGAAUUAUUACCUGUCGAACUCCGGUGGAGCAUCUGGAGCAGCAGCAGCAGGCGAGACAAAUGGUGAUGCGAUUGCUGUACUAGAGGAGUUGAAGUUUCGGCUGAGGCUGGAAUGGCGGCUACAGCCGCAGCCCUGGAAGCAGCAGCUGAUGCCGGGAAGUUUGUGGAUACAAGAGCUCCAGUCGACCAAGGGACUGAAACAAACCUACUACAUAAUUUUGAAUUGCCCAUUUCAUUGGCCUUGCUUCAGAAGUUUGGCGGUCCUCAAGGAGCCCCAAGCUGGAUUUAUGGCCAGGAAACAAAGGAUGGAAGCGACUGUAGGCUGUAAAGUUCCUGAAAAUGACGGGAGGCAUGCACUGACCUUGACAGUCAGCGACCACAAGAGACGAAGGGGGCUAUUGUGA